AUGGCAAGACUUCCCGAUGAUGCCGGCGAAAUGUCUGAGAAUGAAACUCAGCAAUCCCUUCUGCGCGCUCUUGUCCACUGCAUUGACACUUGGCCGAUAGACUCCGAAACCGAGGCCGCAUGGACCGAACCAGGAUGCGAAUUGAUGUCUGCUGCUAGUCCUGUUUCUGGCCGCCUUUUAGUGCCGGCUUCUCCACCAUCUCUCGAUCUAACCUGGAUGGCGCGCACUGCAAGUGAUGAAGCCUUUGCUUGGGCUCUGUUCACCAAUGCUCCAUGCUGGACUGCCACGGCCCGAAUGGCUACCCUAUGGGCAGGCAACCCUAGCCAUUAUCCUUUCGAUUGGCCGGGGCUUCCCACUGGACAGUGGAUCGAUCAAGUAGCUUGGCCAAGGCCUUCCUUUGGAUUGAUUGAAGGCGAGGAGGAGAAUGAAGUUGGGAUAAGUUGUCGUCUGAAUCUAGUGCCAGGAGGGGGUCCUGAGUUUAUUCGGGCUGAUCUUGCCUGGUUCUCUGGUUAG